AUGGAGGUCCCAACGUGGCUGCAAUGGUACAAGAAGCCAGAGUACCGAGACAUCAAGCAGUACUCGACCGACGUGCGUAAUGGACGCCGCAGCAUAUCAUCUGAUGGCAAGGGCAAGUCCAGUAUCCCGCCUCACCUGAGUCUGGACAGGGUGCUCGCGAACAAGACUUCCAGCGAGACGACGACACAGAUCCUCGAGGUCGCUCUGCCCAAGACGGCCUGCACGCCGCUGACCAAGCCCAAGCGCACAGCCCGCGACCACCUCCGCGCCCUGACGUCGGCCUGCACCAACGCCUGCGCCCUGCCAACAGACGCGCUCCCGACGCUGCCAGGAACCCAUCCCUUCGACGCAGCGCCGGAGCUCUCCUCCAUCAUCCAGACAUACCUCCUGCCGUCGUCGCCCAAGGAGCUCAACAUCCCGCCCGCGCUCCGCGACACAGCCCUCGAGGCGCUCAAGACGUCCCCCGCGCCGGUACACCUGGCGCCGAUCGCCGGGCACGUCUACGACCUGCUGCGCACGUGCUCGCACCCCAACUUCCUCCGCCUCGGCGUCGCCAACGGCACCCUCGAGACCGUCUGCGUCGCGACCUCGCUCGGCAUCGCCCUCACCCUGGCCGGCCUCCUCUUCACCCUGCUCCGCGCCUUUGUGCCCUUCCCAGGCGCCCACACGCGCCUCGUCCUCCUCGCCUCCUGGUUCUUCUGGUUCCUCGGCCUGAGCUUCAUCCUCUCGGGCCUGCGCGGCAGCUGCUUCUUCCUGCUGCUCUUCUCGCGCCGCCAGCCCCUGCCGUGGGAGCGUUUCGACGACAGCGCGUCCCUGUCCUCGGUGCGGUCCGGCGUCGCCCGCGUGCUGGGCCGCCUCAUGAUCUUUGACCGCAAGCUCCGCGUCGGCGACGUCAACCUGCGCAGGCUGCAGCGGAAGAUUGUCCUGCAGAGCUUGGCGGGCGGUGCUAUUGGCGGCACCAUCGGCGUCAUGGUGUUUGCGUUCCUGCCGGUCUGGAAGGAGACUGUCAAGCUGUAA